ACCGGGCGGCGGCGGAGCCGGGGUACGGCGACAACUAGGCGGCGGGCCGCAAGUGGGGGCCAUGGGCAAGGACUAUUAUCAGACGCUGGGCCUGGCCCGCGGCGCGUCGGACGAGGAGAUCAAGCGCGCCUACCGCCGCCAGGCGCUGCGCUAUCACCCGGACAAGAACAAGGAGCCCGGCGCCGAGGAGAAGUUCAAGGAGAUCGCCGAGGCCUACGACGUGCUUAGCGACCCGCGCAAGCGCGAGAUCUUCGACCGCUACGGGGAGGAAGGCCUAAAGGGCAGUGGCCCUAGUGGUGGGAGCAGCGGUGGUGCUAAUGGUACCUCUUUCAGCUACACAUUCCAUGGAGAUCCUCAUGCCAUGUUCGCUGAGUUCUUCGGUGGUCGAAAUCCCUUUGACACCUUUUUUGGACAGCGGAACGGAGAGGAAGGCAUGGACAUUGAUGACCCGUUCUCUGGCUUCCCCAUGGGUAUGGGUGGCUUCACCAACAUGAACUUUGGCCGCUCCCGCCCUACCCAAGAGCCCACCCGAAAGAAGCAAGACCCCCCUGUCACCCACGACCUUAGGGUCUCGCUUGAAGAGAUCUAUAGCGGCUGUACCAAGAAGAUGAAAAUCUCCCAUAAGCGGCUGAACCCUGAUGGAAAGAGCAUUCGCAAUGAAGACAAAAUCUUAACCAUCGAAGUGAAGCGGGGGUGGAAAGAAGGGACCAAAAUCACAUUCCCCAAGGAAGGAGACCAGACCUCCAACAACAUUCCCGCGGAUAUCGUCUUUGUUUUAAAGGACAAACCACACAAUAUUUUUAAGAGAGAUGGCUCAGACGUCAUUUACCCAGCAAGGAUCAGCCUUCGGGAGGCUUUGUGUGGCUGUACAGUGAAUGUCCCCACUCUGGACGGCAGGACCAUACCCGUCGUAUUCAAAGAUGUCAUCAGGCCUGGCAUGCGGCGAAAAGUACCUGGAGAAGGCCUCCCCCUCCCCAAAACACCUGAGAAACGCGGGGACCUCAUUAUUGAAUUCGAAGUAAUUUUUCCUGAAAGGAUUCCCCAGACAUCAAGAACCUUACUUGAGCAGGUUCUUCCAAUAUAGCCACCUAUGUUCCUCAAGGACUGACCAGGGACCUUUCCAGAGCGCAAGGAUUUCUGGACCGUUCCACCAGUUGUGGACCUGUGAGAUGGCGGGAGGGCCCAGGGAGGGCUUUCGUACUGCUGAAUGUUUUCCAGAGAAUAUAUUACAAUCUUUCAAAGUCGUUCACUAGACUUAAGUGGUUUUUCGAGCGACAGGGCGGCAGGUGGUGGGGACAGCAAGAUAACGAAUUCCAGUUUGCCCACUGGCUCCUGAUCCAUCUUGAGAUGGGCCCACACCCUCUCCAUCCAGGCCCUGCCCAGAGGCAAGAGGCAGCCCUGCAGCUGGACUUGAGACCCUUUUGUGGUCCCUUUGCUUAUCAUUGUUACGUGUUGUUGACCUGCCAGACCCUUUCCCUGACCCCAUACAUUCCUGAGUUGCUGUUGUAUGAGCAGUUAAUGUUCCAUUCUGUAUUUGUCUCCCACAUCUUGCUCUUCUCCUAAAGAAUCCUAUCUUGUCUUUCGCCAUCUCAAAUUGAAAACCUAGACUAUUUUUGCAGAACUGCCUGGCCAGCACCCACAAGCAAUACCUCUCAUUCCAGCAGGACCAAGGGAGCCAGCCUCAAAUGAGUGAGUGAUUUUCAUGGCCUCCUCUCCCUCAAGGGCCAAAGGCCCUGGCCAGAGUAGGGAGCCCAGUCUACUACUGCCUCUGAGGCCAAAGGCCAAAUGCGCACUCAUUUAUGAGUCGUAUUUUUUCCUUCUGUAAGGCAAUCUUUUAGCACACCUGGGCCUUACCAGUAGCCUAGGUCUUUUUUUGUUUGUUUGUUUCAUGGACUCUGGACUCUUUCAAGGGGAUCUAAUCCUUUUGAAUUUUGCACAGCCCUUGAUAUAAUCCCUUUUGAUAAAAGGGUCUUUGCUUCUGAUUACAGGAGCACUGUGGGAACGUCUGUAAAUAUGUUUUUAUAAUUCCUGGUAAAAUUGGUGUGCACUCAAAACCCAGCCACAGCAGCUGCUGCUCUGUGUAUAGGGCCAUGAUGAAAUUCAGAAGGGUCCUUGGGAGUGGGGAUAGAUAGAUGGAACAAGUGUCUGUUCCCAGCAGUCCAGUCUGGUGCUCAGACUCAUUGUAAGUUGCCACUGCCAACACAAGACCAAAGUGUGUGACUUGUCAAUGUGCAGCGUGAUAGCAUUAAAGACUGAUGCUAAACCUCA